GAUAAGAUGUUCAAAACGAUGAGGAAUUAUUUCAUGCUAAAUUUCAAAAGAAACUAUCGACACUAUUCAAGAAAGAAAAACAUAAACAACAUAAACCGGAAAAUAAACGACCCCUAUAGUGACCUCUACAAAAUGAACUAUUACGGAAACAACUUCAGAAGACUUCCAAAUAAAAAGACCAAAUCGAAUGAAUACGAGCUGAUCAGAACGUCCAGUAACACGUUUACUUACGCGUCUCCAUACCCUCCAAACAUUAACUACACCUUGAAACCGUAUCCUGAUUCGGCCAAAGAUUUCUACUACGAAAACAGAAAGUAUGUGAUGAAAUACAAAAACGUCGAGUACAUUCCUAUUAAGAGGAUGGUGUGUAAGGGGACAUCCAGACAAACCAACUGGGACACGUACUACUUGAGGGUUGAAAAGUGA